AAAUAUUGACAUAAACAAAGCGUUUUUAAGACACUGGUAAUUUACAUUAUGGCACUACGAAAAGUUCCUUCAGUAUUAAUCAAAAGGAGUUUGUUUUGUAGGGAAAAUGUUUGGUCCAGGAGAAUGACAACCAAACGACGCCACAGAGAGGUGAUUCCUGAGGAUGAGGUGCGAGUGUUCUCAGGUAUACAACCUACAGGUAUUCCUCACCUGGGUAACUACCUGGGCGUCAUUAAGCUGUGGGUCAAGCUCCAGGAACAGUACCAGGAUGUUAUGUACAGUGUGGUGGAUCUGCAUGCUAUAACUGUCAGACAGGACCCAAAGGAGCUCAGGGAGAAUAUCUACAAGAUGGUUGCGUGUUUACUGGCCUGUGGAAUCGACCCAGAGAAAUCAGUUCUGUUUUUACAAUCUCAGGUGAGGCAGCAUGCAGAGCUGUGUUGGAUUCUGAGCUGUAUCACAACUAACGCAAGGCUUGGGCUACUUCCCCAAUGGAAGGAGAAGUCUAACACUAAAUCCCCCAGUGUGGGUCUGUACACCUACCCCAUCCUCCAGGCAGCAGACAUCCUCCUGUACAAAUCGACCCACAUUCCGAUUGGAGAGGACCAAAGGCAGCACUUGGACCUGUGUGAAGAUCUAGCCAUCUCGUUCAAUAAUAAAUUCGGGAAAGUUUUCAGAGUACCACAAGUUUUAUUCAGCAAUACAGCCCGAAUUAAAAGUCUACGCUUUCCUGAAAACAAGAUGAGUAAAUCUGACCAGAGUUCUAAAGGACGCAUAGACUUAACAGACUCUAACGAUGACAUUGUGUCCAAAAUUAAAUCGGCAGUCACCGAUUUCACUUCCCACAUUUCUCACGACAAGGAAAAUCGACCAGGCGUAACCAAUUUGAUUGACAUUCACGCUGCUUGCACAGGGGAAACUCCCCAGGACAUCUGUGAAACUUAUUCCUCAUUAACAACAGCAGAGUAUAAGAUGCUUCUUGCUGACAUUGUGAUAAGUGAAAUUCAACCAAUCAGAGAGAGGAUUCUUUGGUUGCUUAGUGACAAGUCACAUCUUCAGAAUGUUUUAUAUCAAGGUCAAGAAGUUGCUUCAGUGAUAGCUGAGGACACACUAAAAGAUGUCAAAAAGCUGAUUGGGUUUAUAUGAUAAGGUUGUAGGUAUUAGUUUUCAAUUUUCAUUUUUUACACCAGUAUGUCAAAUAAAUUCUUCGGUUUUAUUGCAAAGCGAGUUUUAUUUGUACAGUACAGAGGUUUGCUCCAGCACUCCCACAAUGAAUUACCAUCAACAUAAUUAGCAUGAACGGCUGAUAAAAGUUUGACGAAAAAGUUUUGAUAAUUAACUAGUAAGUUAUGCAGUAUCUUGGAUUAAAAAAAAUAAGUUGGUGAUUUGUUCACAAACUCCUCUAGACUGAACACUUAAUUAUUCCUGGUUAGCUUCCUGUUAUUCUGUAGUAUAAAUCAUAUUGUAAGUUGGGGGAGGGGAAAUUUUUAUUCUCUCUGUGUCCUUUAAUCCGUGUGGCUAUGAACACUUCUUUUUAGGCAUGCACUUUAAGGAAUUGAUUUUUACCUGUAUGUAGAUGUAGAUCAAACUUAAAUUUAAAAGAACAUUUUUAAAAGUACAUUAGGCUAAUAUGAUCAGGUGUAAAUAAUACAUAACAUGUAUUAUUUAAUUCAUUUACCUGUUUCUAAAAGUUCUGAAACCGCUUGUACAAUUUUUUUUUUGGUCAUGAACCUCGUAACCCCUUUUCAUGGAAUUUAUGCAGGUUAACCAAAUGAAAACAACUUCAAACCAUUGAUGUGUUUUGUGUGACGCUUU